AUGCCACCUUCAAUAGAAGAAAGUAUUGGAGUACCUCUUGAACCAAGAAUUAGCAACAAUAAACAUUACGAACCGCUCAAAAAAUUUCAAAAAGAUGAUCAACAUCAUGUAGAAGAUUUACGAACGACACCCAAUAGCAAAGCUCAAGUAUUAGUUUUGAUACCUUCACUUACCUACGUUGUAUAUAUGAAUCGAGCUUUGAAGAAUAUUCUAUUGACUUUGAUUUUUGAUUGGACAAUGCCGCUAUUUAGCCCGUUUAAUUUUUUAUUGUUGAUUACGUUGUUUCCUACGUUGAUUGUUGCCGUUGUUGCAUUAGAAUUUGCUUUACAUAUUGGAUUUAAGUUUGGGUUGGAUUCCGUGAUUCAAAGAAUUGGAGAUAAAUGGGGAGAAGGUUUAUCUCCUGUCAAUUGGUGGGACCCAAGGAUAUUUACAUCAGAAGUUGAUGAAAUCGUAAAAGAUGGAAUUAAAUCGUUGGAUGCUCCUUUGCCACUAUUAUUGCCCGAAGAAGAAUUGGAUGAUUCGAUAUUUGAGGGUGCGAUGGAACAUCGUGGAUUCAAUCUCGAUAUGGCCGAACUUCUAUUAUUUAUGUCAAGCAUCAUUUAUGAGCGUAACAACGAGUUGGUUAAAGAUGCUCACAAGGUUUUGAAUAAACUCUCAAAAGGGAAAAAACCAAGAGAUAAUUCAGAAGAAGAUCAACUUAUUAAUUCCGUUACUACUUUGUUAAAACAAAGUGAAACCCGUAUACAUGAGCAGGCACGAAGAUGGGGAAUUAAAUUUACUUCAUUAUCAGAGUUAAACUCAUUAGGAGGUCCUUUUUCAGGAAUGUUUUGGAGUGAAGAACAUGAUUUUAUCGUCGUUGUAUUUAAAGGAACUAAUCCAAGUAACUUUGAAGAUUUUGUUAUUGAUUUAAUGUUUCAACGAGUUGAUGCGAGGAGUUUCGUAUUUGGGGAAGUCCAUGAAGGAUUUUACACUGCUUUAUUUCCACAAGAAGGAACCGCCGCAAGAGCAAGUCGUGCGUCUCCCUACAUAACUAUGAUCAGAGCGAUUAGAGCGAAAGCUGCUGACAUCAGAGCUGUUCAUCCUAGUGAUCGGCCGAUAAAUGUUUGGAUAACUGGUCAUUCGUUAGGAGCGGCACUUGCCAGUUUAUUUUAUGCUCGCCUUCUAAAAUCGACAAACGAUCUUGGUCCAAAUUGCAUUUUAAGAGACGGGUACAUGUUUGGUAGUCCAAGUGUCGGAGAUGCGGAUUUUGCAGCAGAAUUUGCUUCAUAUGCCAAUACUCCAUAUGAUAGGCAAAGCACUCUUUGGAGAAUAAUUGACGAUAAAGAUAUCAUUACUAAAAUUCCACCUGGUUGGAAUGAUCCAACAAUUAGACGUUUGGUUAAUAGAAAUAGCAUUUUGAAUUACGCACAUAUUGGAGAAGGGAUUAGAUUUUUCCAAAGUGGAGCGGAACCUGCUCCAACGAAAAAUUUGUUUUCUUCUGGUAAAACACCAGUUAUUAUUGAUCUUGGACCAGAAAACAAUAAUAACUUUGGGAAAGGUGAAGGGAAAAAGUACAUGCUAAGAAAAGAUGUCUUUCACGGCAGAGAGAAAUUUGAACAAUUGACUGGUAGUCCGUUGGUCAUGAUUGAAAAUUUGCUGCCUACUUUUUUCAGAGAUCAUUUACCUGCUAGAUAUUUUUCUGUUUUGCAAAAAGCGAGAAGAUAUUUUGAUGAUGAUAUUGUUGUGGAAGAAGACAAUAAUUUAGUAAAAAUUCCUUCAAAAAAAAAUUAA